AUGUUCAUUGGAAACAGCUGCUCUCUUCACGGCGGCGCCGCUCUGCACGAGCUGCAGAAGGCGGUGCUGAAGCUGGACGCUCGGCGAGGACGGCCUGAAGUCCAUGUGACAGACAUGAGGAACGUGGACCAGCAUGGAGCAAACCGCCUGCAGGGUCCAGGUGGGUACUGGAGCUUCACUCACAGCUUCAUGAGUGCUUAUGAAAGACUUCUGUCUCUUGUCUGUCUCUGGGUGUGUGCAGGGUUGUCCAGUCUGGUGCUGGUUCUCCUGGAACUGUCCGCCUUGGUCCACGGCUGUCCUGAGGUCUGCUUGUGUUAUGGCAAUACCACUGACUGCUCCAGUGUUGGUCUGUCUUCUUUGAUGUCCAUCCUGUCAUGGAUAAACCUGGACUCUGUGGUCCUCCACCUGCCUAGAAACAACCUGUCCUCCCUGAGUGUCGCCCAGCUGUCCAACCUCGGCAGGCUGGAGCUCCUGGAUCUGUCUCACAACCACUUUUACACCCUGAAUCCUGGAGUCUUCUCUGGCCUUAGUGGACUACGCCGGCUCAACCUCUCCACUAACCACCUUGGUGGAUCUCUGGAGACAUCUGACCCAAGAAACAACACAGACGCUGUUCAGAAUCUGAAUGGACAAGCUGGUCUAAGCAAAGAAGUUUUUCAGGAGCUGAGGCAGCUACAGUGUUUGGACCUUUCCACCAAUGCCCUCCUCUGGCUGCCAAAGGGACUCUUAGAUGGACUUCAUGCCCUGGCUUGGUUGUCCUUGGCUGGGAACAGGCUGAGGUCACUGGACAGAGUCACCUUUGAACCACUGACGGCGCUAAAGCAGCUGCAGUUGUGGGGGAACCCGUGGGAGUGCGACUGCAAUCUGAGGGGCUUCAAGCACUGGAUGGAAUGGCUGAUUUACCGCGACGGGACAGUGGAUGCCAUGCGGUGCAGCGUCCCGCCGGAUUUAAAGGGCUUUGACAUCCGCAGCAUGCCAGCAGAGAUGUUCCACCACUGUCUGCAGAGUCCAACCAAGGACAGGUCUCCUGGCUCCGCCACCCGCCCUCCAUGCCCACCAGGGAGGAUCAGCAGCAUGGAGGAGUGUGUUCGCCAAGGCCACCAGCCCAUCAGUGUCCGCCGGGCACACGGGACACAGAUCGUGGCGGGUGUGGUUUGCGGUACAGUGUGCAUUAUGAUGGUGGUGGCAGCCACCUACGGCUGUGUCUACGCCUCACUGAUGGCCCGUUACCUGAAAAAACUGAAGGCUCGUGGAAAGCCCCUAAUGGCUGAGUGUGGCACCGAGACAGACGUGGAGGACGGGCAAACGUCACUGCUGAUGUCACCACAGCAGACACCACUGCCCACAGACGCCUCCAGCAUUGGGUAUCAGAUCAGUGGCUUCUAA